GAUCUGAUUGGCUGCGUCCGAACUCACAUACUAUGACAGUACGCACUGCAUUGCCGUUGAAACAGUACGUACUAAUCAGUAUGUGUGUGUAUUAUCCCGGACUAUAUCAGUCGUGUUAGCAUUGUCACGUGACCUAUCGACGUCAUCACAAACACAAAAAUAUUAAACGAAUUAACAGUUUAUUCGGGUAUUGUUAAACAAGUCCUGUUUAACCAUGGUUUAAUACUUAAAAAGAGGCGACGCUGUCUUCUGCGGGUUUUUUUUGUUGUCGUCCGCAUCAGUCCCGUUGCAUCAUGGGAUUGUUUGACUCAAGUAGUGUGUGUGCAUCACUUGCAUAAUACAAAAUCUCGCCGGAAGCCGUGCGACAUCCAGGUAUUUCUCGCCUACUGAGAAUUCGGUCAUACUCCAUACUCCUCUGGCGGACUGCUUUACACCUACUAUGUAGUAGUCAGUAUUUUAAGGAGAAAUGGCAGUUACUACGGAUCACAUUCGGGAAAAACUGAGAGCAGAAAUUGGUGCGAUACACGUGGAAGUAGAAGACACAUCUUCCAGCAGAUGUGCUCUAAGUUUUAAGGUGCUUGUGGUGUCUCCUCAGUUUGAAGGGAAGCCACUGUUGCAGAGACACAGAAUUGUGAACACUUGCCUUGCUACUGAACUGAAGGAGAUACAUGCCUUUGAGCAGAAGACCUUAACGCCAGAGCAGUGGGAAAAGCAGAAACAGCAGUGACGUAGACACAUACACUGUAUUUCCCGUACUAAUGUUUUGACCUUCAUUUUCAAUAAAAAAAUAAAUGGCAAAAAAAAACAAAACAAAAUGGCUUCAUUGGAACACAUACACCCUUUUUUCAUCAAUAUGAGCUACAAUGCAAUAUUAGUGACAAGAAAUAAAUGUUUCAUUUGUGGCCAACAAAUGAGGAUAGAACAGA